ACGGCGGCCGGCCGCGCCGGUUGCUAGGAGACGCGGGAGGCUCGGGGAAAGCGCGACGGGGAGCGGCGGCAGGUAAAGGCCGCGUGGAGCCUCCCUGGCCAGGGGCAGUCUAUCCCUGAAGGGAGCGGCGCUGGCGGGAGACACGACUGGAGCCCGGCAGGUCAACGGGGUCCAAAGGUCCAGGAGAAGAAGCGGGGAGGCUGCGCUUGGUCCGCCUCUCCCGAAAAGGACCAUUCAAGAUGAUGAUGAUGAUGAUGAUGAUCACUAUCAUCACUAUUAUUAUUAUUAUUAUUGUUGUUGUUGUUACUAAAAUAAUUUUUAUUAAUUUUCCAUUUAAACAUAUAUAAUCACAUCAUUAUUGAGGUUCACAUCAGAUUGAGGUUGAAUCCUGACAAGACAGAAGUGCUGUUUUUGGGGGACGGGGUUGGGCUGGCGUGGAGGACUCCCUGGUCCUGAAUGGGGUCACUGUGCCCCUGAAGGUACGCAGCCUGGGAGUCAUUUUGGACUCACAGCUGUCCAUGGAGGCGCAGGUUAAUUCUGUGUCCAGGGCAGCAGUUUACUAGCUCCAUCUGGUACACAGGAUGAGACCCCCCUGCCCACGGACUGUCUCGCCAGAGUGGUACAUGCUCUGGUUAUCUCCUGCUUGGACUACUGCAAUGUGCUCUACAUGGGGCUACCUUUGAAGGUGACCUGGAAACUACAAUUAAUCCAGAAUGCGGCAGCCAGACUGGUGACUGGGAGCAGCUGCCGAAACCACAUAACACCGGUCUUGAAAGACCUACAUUGGCUCCCAGUACGUUUCCGAGCACACUUCAAAGUGUUGGUGCUGACCUUUAAAGCCCUAAACAGCCUCGGUCCAAUAUACCUGAAGGAGCGUCUCCACCCCCAUCGUUCUGCCCGGACGCUGAGGUCCAGCUCCAAGGGCCUUCUGGUGGUUCCCUCACUGCAAGAAGCCAAGUUACAGGGAACCAGGCAGAGGGCCUUCUCGGUAGUGGCACCCGCCCUGUGGAACGCCCUCCCACCAGAUGUCAAAGAGAAAAAUACCAGACUUUUAGAAGACAUCUGAGGGAAGCCCUGUUUAGGGAAGCUUUUAAUGUUUAACAGGUUAUUGUAUUUUAGUGUUUUGUUGGAAGCCGCCCAGAGUGGCUGGGGAAGCCCAGCCAGAUGGGCGGGGUAUAAAUAAUAAAUUCUUAUUAUUAUUCUCCACUUUUCUUCUUUGUCUCUUUAGAGCCUGCCGAUUUCCUUCCGUCCCGCCUGGCCACGGGCUCCAAAGAUGGCUUUCCAGAGUCCAACUAUCUUCCCCAAGAGCCUCAUCAGCUCCAUAAGACAAACUGUGAGUCCCAGAAAGUGGGGAGGGGGCAAUUUUACAAAACAGUACGGCAACUAUAUUGUAAGUCGCUGUGAGUUUGCAUUUUGUAAACAAAGUGACUAAUCAGCCCAAUAAAUAACAAUAAAACAACUAAAUCCAGUUUGCCCACACUUCUUUCUUCCCCGAAUGUAUUUACGUAUAGAUUUAUAAAAGUACUUGCAUACAAGUUAUAUCAUAGAAUACUGUAUUAAAUGUGUUUGUGGGAGAGUGAUUAAUGAUUCGUUUUAUUACAUAUUUUGUUUUUGUUUUACAUUUUGUGUAUUUUGAAUUCUCAUUUUGUCUUCUGUUAUCAACCACCCUGGUAUCUUCGGAUGAAAGGCGGUAUGCAAAUUUAAUAAGAGCAUAAAUAAAAUAGAUAUCAAAGCAUUUUGCAAGAAUAUCUAUACACAAUAAAAAAAAAAGAAUUGGAAAAUGCAGAAAGAUGAUUUCUUAAUUGCCUGCAUAAGAUUGGUGGCAUAAAAACAUUCAAGGUGUUGAUAUGAACCUAUAAGGUCCUAUGUUUGAGAGAUCACCUUGUCCCUUAUAUAACCAGUAGGUCAUUGCAUGUGUUGAUCUCCCUUGAGCUUUCUCCAGAUGUCAAAGAGAAAAAUAACUACCAAACUUUUAGAAGACAUCUGAAGGCAGCCCUGUUUAGGGAAGCUUUUAAUGUUUAAUAGGUUAUUGUAUUUUAGUGUUUUGUUGGAAGCCGCCCAGAGUGGCUAGGGAAACCCAACCAGAUGCGCGGGGUAUAAAUAAUAAAUUAUUAUUAUUAUUAUUAUUAUUAUUAUCCCAGUUGAAUGACUACUGGCUAUUUGUGAAAAGCAGCGGAGCCUUUGUGGGUCCCCUGCCAUUCUAGGGGAUUAGGCUGUGGAACACUAGAUUACGCUAGCUUCGGACUUCCGGGGUGGCGCCAUCGGUAAUGGCGGAUUCCCUCUGAUCCGGACGGACUGGCUCCACGGAAAACGGGUCUGUUCCGCUACGGCGAAGCGGGGACCCUUUAAAAAAUCACAGGCGGAUGAAGCCUGUGACCAUGGGACUCGGCGGGCACCAUUCGCGCCCCCCCAAUUCGUAAAGGAAUCCAAUUACGGGCUCCGGAGCGAAGAGGGGUUAGUGGCGCGGUGCUGAGAGUCAAUUGCUUCUUCCGUGGAGCGAAGCCGCACAGCCGUUGCCGGAGAGCGCUACCUUUUUCCUGGGACAAUUUGGCUACAAAAACAACUACCCGUGAGCAAAUCAAAUUUGGACAAUUGGACUUUAAACAACGAUCUGUGAGUAGAACGGAAAAUUGGAUUAAGAAAUUCCUCUUAAUUUGGCACUGAAGCGGGAAGGUCUAAACAGGAAGUCAGCCUUCCGUUUCUUGUAGAUAGAUUAAAGCAAAGACAUAGCAAACUAGAGUUUAGAAAAUCAUUUGUAAAGGAUCAACUUUCAUCAUCUAAAGCUACUGAACCCCCUUCGGAAGCAGGAGAAGAAGGGGGAUUUUUUCCGGAUUGUUUAAACCUGCAGAAGAGAGUGUAAAGAAAAGUAAUUUUCCACCGUCUUGAACCUGGGAGCGUGGUGUCAGGACAGACGUUUUUGGGAAGUUCAUUGACUAUAGACAAAUAUUUUUGACAGACAGUUAAAAGAAGAGAAACAUAGUGAUUCCAUUGUUCUCUUUCGCAUUUUUAAAGGAACAAAUAUUGACAAAAUAUCUGAAAAAGGAAACUUUGUUGUUAGACUUGCUGUUAAAAAAAAAAGAAAGAAAGAAAAGAGAUUGAUACAAAUAGAAGUUCUUCCCCUAGAGGGAGCUUGUGAAACUGUUAUUAAAUUUGAACUAGGGAGCUUCGCAGCUGCAACAGAUUAAGAUCGUGGGAACAGACUUCUGACCUUGCAUAACAAUGUAUUCAGAGGCUCUGGUGCGAGCUUUCUGCAAGACAAGUGCUUUAUUGGAACAGUUACAUGAGAAGACGGAUUUGAUGACUGUUGCGAUUAGAAAUUUUGGACAGGUAGUGGGUAUCUAUAGAGAACCCACCCAGGAAUCAACCCAGGAGUGUGCUCUGACAGAUCAGAUGAGGGAGGAGGUUGUUGUUGGACCUCGGGUGGCAGAGAUGGAGGGAGCUGUGGCCCAGCAGGAACAUGAGUUGUUGGAUUUGACAAAUGAACUUGGAAAAAGCCAGAUUUGGAGAGAUAGAGUUUUGUUGGGCUUGGAGAUGGGGGCUGGAUAGACCCCCCUAUGCAGGGAUGUCUUGACUUUUCAAGUCUGGCAAUGGGUCGUGAGGAGUUUGGGGUUGUGGGGGUCCUCAACUCUGGAGGGAUCUUGAAACAUGCUUUUAAAUACCACAUGGAGUUCAGUGUGGACUAUGGAAAAGGGGCUGAUCUGUCGGGAAGAGACAAAAAUACUGUCAAGUUGGAGUUUCCACGAGUGAGAGGACCAAGAGAUAAAGUAAAGUACAGGUAUAAAUAUGAAGAAGAUCUGCGGAAGGAACAUGGAAGAGACUUAAGGGCCUCGGACAUAAGAUUGCCAGGUUAAUGAACUAGAUGGAUGGGAUAGAAAGGACUGACAAAACCCGGGACCAGGAGGAAGAGACGCUGGAUGAAGACUGGAAGAAAGUUUUAAAAAUUUUUUAUUUAGGAUUGUUUUGUAAAAUUAAUGAGUAUUAGAAAAAUGUUGGAACGAAAUUAUUUGGCUUUAGCAGAAAUGUUAAAAAGAACUAUGCAAGAAUAUGUUAUGGUUAUGAGAAAUUGGUAUAAAUAAGAUUUAAGUUUUAUGUUUUAGGGUCUUUUAUAGCAAGAUAAGGUUAAAAUAUAUUAAGGUAAUUUAAUGACAGAAUAUUAUGAAAAAUGGGAAGGAUUUGCUGUGAUAAUUAAUAACUAGAAUACAAAAAAGGGAGGUGUGAGGAGGUCGAUGAAAUAAGGCAAUGACAGUUAAGGAUUUGGGAAUAUUGGAUCUGUUUUUAAAUUUUUGUGGUUUACUUUUGUUUUUUGAUUUUGAUGUGUUAUGUGUUAUGUGUUUUGUUUUUGUUUUUGUUUUUUGAUUUUGAUUUUUAUUGAUUUGUAUUGUUUGAUUCCUGUUUGCUUUUCCCUUGUUUUUUUCUUCUUUGUCUCUUUGUUUUUUCUGUAAUUUUAAAAUGCUUAAUAAAUAUCAUUAAAAAAAAAAAAAGAUUACUCUCUCUUCAGACAGGCAAGGAACAGUUUGCUUCACAAACAGAAAUGCACUCUGCACAUGCCCAGGGAUACGUUUGCUUUUAGGGCCUUUUUUCGUUGUUGUUGUUGUUUUUUUGUCUUAAAGGGUGUUCUUCUGCUGAAUAUUGUCUGCUUCCUCCAUAUGAGCCUGUCCCUUUCUUGUGUCGCCUUUAGGAUUACAGCAGAUGGCAAAGAGACAAUGUGGCACGGAAGUCCGCACUGAAAUUAAACAUGCCUCCAAUUUCGACAGCAAAGGACUUGACGAAGAAAGGGGGUGUCAGUUCUCCAGAAAAGCCGAAAGAGAAGAAAAUAGGUUGGGAAAAGUUUUGCUUGUGUGCCUGGACUCCGGCCCCCGGGCAGAGGAGGAGGAGUUGGUUGCUACCCCAAACUCUUCUGGGCUGGAGAAACUUUCAGCACUUUCUCCCCUUCUCUGCCAUGUUGUCCCCAGCAGCCGUAAACUGAGUGCUUUACCCAAAACGAAUUAAUGCCGCUUUUCUGUUUCAGAAUGGGCAACGACUGCAAGAACGGUUGUGAGAAUGAUGCCCUCUAUGCGACAGAAGUCCACCCGGAAUCUAAAUAUGACAAAGGAAAUGGUCCGGGCCAAGAGACUGGAGAAUAUCAGAAUCAUUCAGGUACAUAAAGCGAUACCCUGCGUUGAAACUGUGGCAUCAGGUGCUGCUGAUACAGACAUAGGGAUGGUCCAGAAACAUGGAAUUGUAGAGUUAGAAGGGACCCUAAGUGUCAUCUGCUCCAGCCCCCUGCAAUGUAGGAAGCACAACUAACGAACCCAUAACAGAUGGGCAUUAAGCCUCUGCUUAGAAAUCUCCAGUGAUAAAGAGUCCACCACCUUUGAGGGAGACCAUUCCACUGUCGAACAGUGCUAACUUUCCAUUUUUCCAAAAUAAAGAGAGCCAGUGUGGUGUAGUUGGUUAUGAGUUGGUAGACUCGUAAUCUGGGGAACCGGGUUCGCGUCUCCGCUCCUCCACAUGCAGCUGCUGCGUGACCUUGGGCUAGUCACACUUCUCUGAAGUCUCUCAGCCCCACUCACCUCACAGAGUGUUUGUUGUGGAGGAGGAAGGGAAAGGAGAAUGUUAGCCGCUUCGAGACUCCUUCGGUUAUUGAUAAAGCGGGAUAUCAAAUCCAAACUCUUCUUCUUCUUCUUCUAACCCUCAGAAAGUUCUUUGUAAUGUUUUGUUGGAAUCUCCUUCCUUAUAAUUUUAAUCCAUUGGUUCAGGGCUUACCCCCCAGAGCAGCAGAAAACAAGCUUGUUCCAUCUUCGAUGUGACAGCCCUUCAGAUAUUUGAAGUUGGCUUUUCUAUCUCCUCUCAGCCUCCUCUUUUCCAGGCUAAACAUCCCCAACUCCCUCAACCGUUCCUCAUCAGGCUUGGUUUCCAGAUCCUUGACCAUCUUGGUUGCCCUCCUCUGCACACCUUCCAGCUUGUCAAUAUCCUUCUGAAACUGCGGUCCUGGACACAGGACUCCAUGUAGUCAAGUAAAAGCCUUGGGAUGUGCCCAGAAUCGGGUGUAGAUUUGAUUUCUGCCUUUUUGACCAGAAACUCCAAAUUUGGCGACGGGAACCAGUUGUGCAAUUUCCAUGACAGUGCAAAAGGGCGUGGGAGGGUUGCAGCAUUCUCGGACUGCGGGCAUCCUCCGGUUUUGGGUGGCGUUAAGAAGAGAGCUGAAAAGAACAAGGAAGUCCCAGCAAAAGAACAAUGGCAAGAAAAACUGAUGAGCUAUGCGGAAUUGGCAAAGUUAACAUAUACCGUAUUUUUUGCACCAUAACACUCACUUUUUUCCUCCUAGAAAGUAAGGGGAAAUGUCUGUGCGUGUUAUGGAGGGAAUGCCUACGGGUGGCAUGCCUACGGAUUUUCCUCCUCUAAAAACUACGUGCGUGUUAUGGUCGGGUGCGUGUUAUAGAGCGAAAAAUACGGUAAACCACAAGAGGAGGACAACUGUGACUUUAAGGAAGAAUGGGAAAUUUUAUAAAGACAACAAAAGGACUUGGACUCCUUGGCAGGUUUUGAAUAAACGUUCACAAAUUUAUUAGUAGAACAUAGGAUAGAUAUAUGCACAACUUUUUAACAUGCAGAGAAUAAUAUGUGCAAACAAAUCAGAGAGGGGAGCUGAGAGAAGUUUUAGGAGGGUUGGAGAGGGAGGGAUGGGAGGGAAUAAAAAGGGGGGGAAUGUAAUUGGAUAUAUUGAUUGAUAAUUUGUUUUGUUAAAAUUGUUCAAUAAAAAUAUAUUUUAAAAAAAGAAGAAGAAGAAGAGGUGAGCUGUUUGGUAACCCCUUCCUUCCAAAAAUUCCCCAGCGGUUUAUCAAGCACAAGACAAACAGCUUGGAAGAAAUAAAACGCCAUUCCAACUUUCUCCUGGAGAAAAACCGGGCGCUGAUGGAGGAGAUCAAGGAGAUGGAUGCAGAUACCGUCGUCCAGGCCAGGGGCCUUCUCCAGCAGUACGACAUGUUUAGGGUAAGGCUGGCGUAGUCAGGAAGCAGCCUUAGACACCUGAAUCGCUCUGCGUCAGGACCAUGUGACUGUACCCAGUGAUACUUGGCACGGAAAGGAAGUUCCUGAAUCCCAACCCUUUGCUUGAACUAAGCAGCUUCUCUAUGCUUCUAGAAACGUAAGACGCUGCCUGAUACUGAGUCAGAGUAUUGGUCAUAGAAUCAUAGUAUAGUAAAUUUGGAGAGUACAUCCAAAGGCCAUCUAGUCCAGCCCCCUGCAACGGUCCAUCUAGUACAGGAUUGUCUUGACUAGUGGUGACUUCCCAGGGUUUCAGGUCGGAAUCUUUCCCAGACAGGAGUUCAAUAUGGAACUUUUUGCAAGUGUGCUGGUCCCGGGGGGCGGGGCGGGUUACCGUGAGGUGUGGUCAGAGUCCGGUCCUGGGUCAAGGGUCUGGAGACUGUCCACCAAGGGCGAAGCGGGGUCCAAAGCAAGAAGCCGGGCGUAGUCGGGAACUCUGGAAAAACAGGUCUGGGUGCUGGCAGAAACAGGUUUCCAACAACAUUGCUCCCGCAACCUGGGACUGGGCUGACUGGCCUUUAUCUCCUCUGGGGCCUAGGGUGGUCCCAGCCCACAGGUGACUCGCCUCUCCUGGCCUUAAGGCGAGCAGUCCUCCUGAGAGAACUUAUUUCCCUCCGCCUCUCUGCCCUGAGCCUCUGCAGCUCCGGAGAAGCUAGAGGGUUACUGGACCUAGAGGCAACCUCACCUUCCCCUGACAGGGCUGGGAGAGGAGCACCUGCAGGCAAUGGGUCCUCGAUCACCUUCCGGAGCCAGAGCGGAUUCAUCUGGUGUCUGCUCCUGAGGAUCCGGCACAGGUGCAGGCCCUUCAGAUUCAAGGCCCUGCCCCGGCUCAGCCAGCCCUGGAGGUGGGGUCUCCUGUGCAGGCUGGGACUCCUCAGGUUCAGCUUCUGAAUCAGAUUCCCAGGCCAUCACACCAAGUGAAGCGUGUUCUCUGCCACUGACUAAACAGCUCUUCCCAUAUAACCAGGAGCGACUGAAGUUCAUGCAAUGAGAUUAUAAAUUGCCCACCUGCAAUUUAUUGGUCAGCCUGCUGUGAUGUCAUGGAACGUUCACAAGCAUUCUGAGGCGGUGAAACGUAUAGCUAUGGAAAACAAACUUAGUGCAAUCUUAUGCACUAUGGUUGCAACCAAAAUCAUUGGAUAAGAAGUCCAACAAUUUUGCUUGCAAUCCUUAAUACGCCUACUAGGCAGUAAUUCCCACUGAGCACAGUGAGUGUUAAUCCUGAAUGCUGUGCAUGUUUUAAAUAUUUUGUUUUGUGUUACUCGCUCUGAAGUGUUAUAAAAUCCAAUUUACAUAGUUCACCACAGAUAUUGGCAUUAUGAUAUUGGCAGUUUUAUUUUCAGUCCCUUUCCCAACAACGCCAACACAGAUUUUGACUUUUCCAUGGGUUGUCCUUUCCAUCAAGCUUUCCACUAUGACUCCCAGGCACUUUCCCUGGUCAGUCACCACUAGUUCAAACUCCAGGAGUAACUUUGGGAAGUUAGGAUAUUUUUCUCCCAACCUGCAUUGCUUGACACUUGCUCACAUGGCUAUUCUAAUCCCCAGCCCCCAGUUUGAAGGGAUCCUUUUGGAUUUCUUCCCAAUUGACUUUUCUGUACAAACUAGGAGCUGCAAGUGGUUCAUGAACUAGCUUUGGUUCUUGGUAGUCCCAAGAACUGGUGCCUUUUGCUCCUGUCUCUGCAGACAAUCAUCCGAUCUCUUCGGGACUCAAGUCAGAACCAAGCUGGUGUAGCAAAAGCAGAUCUUGCGGCAGCAGAGAAAAUGGUGGAGAAGAAUUUGGGAAGUAAGCAGCACGUGAUCUCAGAUACCCUUCCUGCUCCCAGCUGGGUGGGGCAGAGAAGGAGCCCAAACCAGUAAACCCAAGGAGAUCUUUGGAUUUAGCUGUAGUGGAAAGUUAGCAGAAAACAGAAAAAUACAAAUCAUAGUAACAAAUGCAAACAAUGCCCUGCUACACACACAGUUUUAAAUACCAUAGUUUGUUUUAAUUAGCCACAGGCCUGGGAGAAGAGGAAUGUUUUAUUCUCUUGUUAAUUCUGCUGUUUUAAAUGUGCAUUUUAUAUUUGACCUCAUUUAGCAACGUUUUCUUUUGAAAUGUUUAAGAUUUUUUUUUGUUAACUUUGUUUGUAUUAAAUAUGUAUUCUGUAGUUGACCUCCUUUGUAAUUUUUAUUUUGAAAUCUUUAAGACAAUAUUUUAGUUAAUUAUGUUGCUUUGACUGUAUACUUUAUAUUUGACUUUCUUCAGUAAUGUUUUCUUCUGGGUUGUUUUCUUUGACAUUUUAAUGUGGUGUAAACUGCUUUGAGAUUUUUUCUUAAAAAUAUAAAGCGGUAUAGAAACAACAACAGCAACAACAACAUUUGCUUUUACAGUGGUGCCUCGCAAGACGAAAUUAAUUCGUUCCGCGAGUUUUUUCGUCUUGCGGUUUUUUCCGUCUUGCGAAGCACGGUGUCGGAAAAGUUUUGAAAAAGCUUCAAAAAUCACCAAAGUCUUCAAAAACCUCAAAAAAGGCUACCACACGUGGUACUCCUCGAAGUCAAGUCGCAACUGUAUUAACGGUUUUAAGAAAAAGGAAACAAACUUGCAAGACGUUUCCAUCUUGCGAAGCAAGCCCAUAGGGAAAAUCGUCUUGCGAAGCAACUCAAAAAACCAAAAACCCUUUCGUUUUGCGAGUUUUCCGUCUUGCGAGGCAUUCGUCUUGCGAGGUACCACUGUAUCUUCUUCCUCUUGCCUUGCCCUCUUCCUCCUACUCCAGAACUGGAUCAGGAGAUGAAACGCAUGCAGGCCAAAGUGCACGUCCUCCAGGAGGAGCUCAACAUCCUGAGAACCUACAUGGACAAGGAGUACCCGGUGAAAGCCGUCCAGAUAGCCUCUCUGAUGCGCAGCGUCCGAAACCUGAACGAAGAGCAACAGGUGAGCUGAGGGAGCCCUUGCUGGCCUCUGCCUUGUCUUCUUGGGCACAGGGCUGGCAGCAAAUAGCCCUUGGGUACCGGUUUGAUCCCUUUUCCUGCUUUGCCGCCCCCAGGACGAACUGGAGGAGAUGGAGGAUGUGUUCAAAAAGUACCUGGACAAUAUGGCAAUGAAGGCGCAAAAGGAGCGGGAGCGCUUUUUGCAGCGCGUUACAGAGGUCCGUGGGGCAGGGCUGGUUGUCUGUGCUUUGCCCAGUGGAUGGGUCUGGGUGGGGCUGGUUAGGGUUGUCUACUUUCCGUGCAAUGUGUCUGGGCUUCCUCACUUGGCCAGAGGUCCGGAGAGAUCUUUUCCUGGGCUACAAGCUUGUUACCACGGUGGAAAAAAGCAAAGUUGCGGAUUUUACUUGAGGACUUUUUUGUAAAUUAUUUCCCUACAUUGGUAGUUUCCAGUGCAGUGCCCACAGGGGCCAAGACAGGUUAGCGGAGCCAACAGGUGUGGCAGCAGCAAGUGAGAGGGAAGAGAACUCCCUGCGACCCAGUUAGACCAUUGGCCCAUCUUGCUCAUUGUGGUCUUCCUCUGACAGGCAGUUUUCUUGAGGUUUUCAGACAGGGCACAGUCCUACUUGUAGAUUGACCUGGGACCUUUCGCACGCAGAGCACAUGCUCUGCCUUUGCGCGAAGGCUCUCAAACGCUUCCUUCCCCGGUGUUGCUGUUGCAAACAAACCCACAAACCUUGGCAGAUGCUUUUAAGUAAAAAGCAGAACAACAGGGGAUCUGAUCACAGUUUUCUCAUGCCAUUUCUGUUUGGGCCGCCACCAGGCCCAGAGAUUAGUGGCCUAGAUCCACAGAUGACCCGAUGCAAGAUAAGGGAACUGUGUACAUGCUGUUGGGAUGCAUCCAAGGAAACGGGCAAUUGACAGGCCCCCAGCUGGCUCUAGCCCACCGGCCGGCAGCCGGGCGAACUCCGGUCCUUGGAUCAGCAUGUAACUGCGACCCGAGCUUCAGAAGCUGAGCACGCAAGCGAGCAGAGAUAAGAACUCUUCGCAACAGAAGGGCAGGUUAGGGGCUGUGUAAAGUGUAUUUACAGGCAUUUUAUUCAGCAUCACGACAAAGGAGAAACAUGUCUGCUCCCCUUCGUGUCCAAGCAAACAGCAUAAGCAAAAGCUAUAUGGGUGGCGCUGUGGGUUAAACCACAGAACCUAGGACUUGCCGAUCAGAAGGUCAGCGGUUCGAAUCCCCGCGGCGGGGUGAGCUCCCGUUGCUCGGUCCCUGCUCCUGCCAACCUAGCAGUUCGAAAGCAUGUCAAAGUGCAAGUAGAUAAAUAGGUACCGCUUCGGCGGGAAGGUAAACGGCGUUUCCGUGCGCUGCUCUGGUUCGCCAGAAGCGGUUUAGUCAUGCUGGCCACAUGACCCGGGAGCUGUACGCUGGCUCCCUCGGCAAAUAAAGCAAGAUGAGCACCACAACCCCAGAGUCGACCAAGACUGGACCUAAUGGUCAGGGGUCCCUUUACCUUUUUAUACUCAAACGGAAGUUCCCAGCAUGCUGUGCUGGAAUGUAAACAGGCAUGUGACACACAACAGCCUGUUCCUCUUAAGGUGGAACGGAAUAUCUUAACACAUAUAUGCAUGUAUAAUUCAAAAUAUCUGGGAAAUGCUCUUCUGUCUACUGGAGCAGAAAGUGCAGGAGGAAUAGUCCGCCGCCCCCCGCCCCCCCCCAAAUCUCUGGCAUGGAGAUUCAUGCCCUCUGAAAAAUGAUUUGAUUUAUGAUAGUCAAGUGGCAGCUUGAGUGUCAAUUGAGCCACAGUGUGCGGCUUGGCAAAGCGAUCUGUCGAACUGUCCUCUGGGAACUCGCACCUUCCAGGGGCUCAGGGUACCCUCUUGUUGACUUCCGGGAUCCUUUGUCCAUCUUUGCUUCUAAAUUGCAUUUCCCCCUUUCUCUGUGCAGAAGAAACUGAUGGAAUACCAGGACGGCCUUCACCAGAUGGAUAAGAACAAUUUGGAGCUGAAAAGACAAAUAAGCAAACAAAAGGAGGCAAGAGGCUUGGGGACGGCAGCAAAUGGCUCGGCGGGGAAUUCUGCCAAUGGCUGGGCUGGGGUAUCAGGGCUGGAGCCAGAUGAAGCAGAGCCAGUUGCCAGCGAAGUUCACUUUUUAUUCAAGGAAGUGAACAUAAAACUCAGCAACCCUUCCCAAUAGGUCUUGCCCCUAUAGCGCAGGACUGACGGCCCCUGCUUUCCACCCUUUCUAAGGGUCCUCCUCUCCCAGCAGCCCCAAACUGCAUCUGUGCAACUUUGGUCUCUGUCUUGCCCUCCUCAUUGUUCUGUGUACUCUUGGAGAUGGGGUGGGGAGGGGAGAGCUUGUCUCAGCAGGAGAGGGAGACUCCCUGGAUUCUUCAGCAGGCUCUUAAUCUCCGCCCCCUCUCUGCUUCAGCCUCAGAGUCUGAACUGUUCUCUGUCACCGGCUCUCCCUGCUCACUAAACCCUGUUGCUCCUUCAGCAUCCAACCCUUGCUCCUAUGACCUCUUCUCAGUGUCCCACCAGCAAUCUCUGGGCUCGGAGCCUUCCUCCUUGGUGGGGUGGGGUGUCUUCCCUGAGUACCAGCUGGUACCUCCUAACACUCCUUGUCAUAGAAUUGUGGAGUCGGAAGGGAUCUCGAAGGCCAUCUUGUCUGACCCCCUGCAAUGCAGGAAUCGCUGCUGAAGAAUCGCUCACAGGUGACCGUCCAACCAGUGAAGGAGAGUCCAGCACCUUCUGAGGUGUACUGAGUCCUGAGAAGGGGCUUAGUGUUCCUGGCUAUUACUCCACCCUGCCUGGUCUUUACUCCCAACAUCCCUGGGGAACGAUCUCACAACUGGAGCUGGAAUGAGGGGAGGCUGGUUUUUGGCUUAGAGGUGCCUUGGGAGGGAGUUCUAUCUUUCGCGAUGAACGUGAAAUGCCACCCCCGGUGGAUUGUCGGCUGAGAUCCUGAGCCGAGUGUAGUUUGAAGGUGGAGCUAAAAUAAUUGGAUCAUCAUAUGGAGAGAAUCUUCCACAUCUCCGGCUCGGCCUGAUGGUGGUAGCUAAACUCAGGCAGAGGUUUUCUCUACGACUCGGCGGAGGCAGCAAUAGGGCACCCUCAGAGUUACCUGUGAGUAAGCGGUGAACUUCUGAUCUGGAAGCCCAACGUGUUUAAAACUCCGUGGAGGGGGAAGGCCGUUUGGAGCAGGGGAAUGGGAAGUGUUUGGAGCCGGACUGCGAGGGCAGGAGUUGUUACAACAGCAGCAAGAAGUCUUGCGGCACCUCAGUGACUCGUGGGCUUGUUAUGUCGUCACCUUUCGUGGGCUAGAACCCUCUUCACCCAUCUCCCUGACUUGCUUCUUUCUCCUUUCAGGUAAUUGCUGGACUGGUGAAAGACGUCGCCGCGUUGCACAAGAACCUCAACACACUCCAUCACUCCACUGGGGAUCCGCGAGAAGUGAUCUUUGCAGACGUCCUCCUCCGUAGACCCAAGUAGGUCCCUUAGCCUGUGUCCCAAGCAGUAGCAUUUUCUGGGGGCACUUUGGGCCAUGCUUUCACGCUGAGCAAGCCCGGGGUGUGUGUGUGUGUGAUGCGUUGCAUUGGCCAAGGGGCUGCACCAGGGACUGAAAAGCAGGGAGAAGCAGGGCGGCUUUCUAGCAGGUUACAGGGUGGAAUAAAGGAGCCUGUGGCUUCAUAGUCUCUUGUGGGACCCUGUUUUUAGGCGAUGAGAAUUGACUGGGCCACUUUGGUUCCUGUCUUCCUUGCCAGCUUCCUGCUGCCAAUCACAAGGACAUAAGCAGAUCCUAGUCUAGGGCUGGGCAAUAUCUGGUUUUCAACAACGUGAUAGAUCAGCAGCUAAACAUUGCUAUAUACAGUGGUACCUUGGGUAAAGUACUUAAUUCGUUCCGGAGAUCCGCUCUUAAGCUGAAACUGUUCUUAACCUGAAGCACCACUAUAGCUAAUGGGGCCUCCUGCCGCCGCUGCACAAUUUCUGUUGUCAUCCUGAAGCAAAGUUCUUAACCCGAGGUACUAUUUCUGGGUUAGCGGAGUCUGUAACCUGAAGCGUCUGUAACCUGAAGUGUAUGAAACCCGAGGUACCACUGUAUAACGAUAAAGCACAAUGUCUGAAAUAAGGUGGAGCUAUGUAGAGACUUUGGCUGCCUUCAUGGUUUUUCCUGCGUCUUGAUUUUUGCCGGCACCUGCUCUUGUGAUUCGCUGCCCCCCUAAAUGAGGCAGGGGAGAGCUGGGCCGGCAGAGUUGAACAAGGGCUGCAGGAAUCGAUAGAAGCAUUGGCUGGCUUCACGGUUUCCCCCACAUUGUGAUUUUGGCAUGUGUUGCCAGGUCUGAAAUUAUGAAACCAGUUUUGGACGCUAUAUCGAUAUAUCGCCCAGCCCUAGUUGAGACCUGCAUCCUGUUCUCACAGAGGCCACCCAAAUGUGUGUGAGAAUCUGAGCCCCCAAGCCCCCUCCCCUCCUGGCAUUCAGAAGCAUCACUGCCUCCGAAUGUGGAGGCAGAUCAGAGCCAUCUUGGCUAGCAGUAGUAGUAGUAAUAAUAAUAAUAAUAAUAAUAAUAAUUUAUUAUUUAUACCCCACCCAUCUGGCUGGGAUUCCCCAGCCACUCUGGGUGGCUUCCAAAAAAAUAUUAAAAUACUGUAAUACAUCAAACAUUAAAAGCUUCCCUAAACAGGGCUGCCUUCAGAUGUCUUCUAAAAGUCUGGUAGUAGUUGUUCUCUUUGACAUCUGGUGGGAGGGCGUUCCACAGGGAGGGCGCCACAACCGAGAAGGCCCUCUGCCUGGUUCCCUGUAACUUGGCUUCUCACAGGGAGGGAACCGCCAGAAGGUCCUCGGUGCUGGACCUCAGUGUCUGGGUAGAACGAUGGGGAUGGAGACGCUCCUUCAGAUAUACUGGACUGAGGCCGUUUAGGGCUUUAAAGGUCAGCACCAACACUUUGAAUAGUGCUCGGAAAUGUACUGGGAGCCAAUGUAGCUCUUUCAAGACCAGUGUUAUGUGGUCUCGGCGGCCGCUCCCAGUCACCAGUCUAGCUGCUGUGUUCUGGAUUAGUUGUAGUUUCCGGGUCACCUUCAAAGGUAGCCCCACGUAGAGUGCAUUGCAGUAGCCCAAGCGUGAGAUAACCAGAGCAUGCACCACUCUGGCGAGACAGUCUGUGGGCAGGGAGGGUCUCAGCCUGUGUACCAGAUGGAGCUGGUAAACAGCUGCCCUGGACACAGAAUUGACCUGCGCCUCCAUGGACAGCUGUGAGUCCAAAAUGACUCCCAGUAGCCUUCAAGAGCCCUCUCCUCUUUCACAGUCUUGUCUAAUCCUCUUUUAAAGCCACCCAGGCCAUCACUGCCUCCUGGGGGAGUGAGUCCCAUAGUUUUUACUGCGCUGCAUGAAGACUUCUAUUUUGUGAAAGAGACAAGGGAAAUGGCAGUUUUGCUGCUGCUCUUCUGCCCUUCUUUUCUGCCUCAGACAUUUGUGCUUCCUCUCCUCUGAUUUGCCCUUUGCUUUUUCCUUCCAGGUGCACCCCAGAUAUGGAUAUCGUUCUCAACAUCCCCACGGAUGAGGAUUUCCCCCUGUAGUUCCUGGAAACGAGCUUGGGAUUAUGCACCUUGAUCACGCAACGCCCUCCCUGUAGGCCUCUGGGAGCCAAUUUCCCUCCUGCUUUGCUGAGCUGCACCCAAAACCAGCAGCCUGCCUCACUCCCGGUCCGUCGUCUUUAAACCUUCCUGCUAAGAAUUGCUGCAGGGGUUUUCCUUGGCAUCCCUGCCUGCAAAUAUUCCAGCAUUAGAUUCUAUUAAAGCCAGUCAUAUCUGUUCAAAGAGAGUCAGUGUCUCAAAUAAUCACGACUCCUCCAUGGAAGUCGUACUAUCCACGCUGCACUGAUGGUGCAACAGCUGCCUCUUUCGUUUCGGUUAUUAUAUUUCUGUGCCGCUUUUCACUCACACGAAUCACAAAUCCGCUCACAAAUGUUAAAUAACGAGAACGUAAUGGAACACCCCAGAUACAACAUAAAUCUCAUAGAAUAAAGGAAUCAUCAGAAAAACAGUUGC